AUGCUUUUUAUAGGAUCUUUUUUAAUUUACAGUUUUGAAUUUAGCUAACUGAUGUUUGGAUGGAUUCACAUUAGUAUGAUUUCAUUAAUGUUAAUUAUUAAUUUGAUAAUUGAUCUUUUAGAGUCGAUCAAUAAUGCUAAAACAAUUUAUUAAAAAGAGUAACAGAAAAAGUAAUUACAAGAGUUAAACAAAUAUUAUAAUAAUCAACUUCAAAGACUUGUAUUUCAUAGAUGUAAUACUCUCUUUAUGGAUUUUAACAUUAAUUCUUUCUUAAUUAUUAUUUAUAAUUAUUAAUUAGAAUUUGAUUUGAUUUGA